GCUCCUCUCGUGGCUCCCGGAAGCUGCGCUCGCUGCCGGGGUAACGGGCCUUUGCGGCGGGGGCGGCGGCCGUACGGGCAGGAGCGGAGCAGUUAUGGACCUAGACGAGGCGAAAGAGUUCAAAGAACGCUGUACUCAGUGUGCUGCCGUCUCUUGGGGUCUUACUGAUGAAGGCAAAUAUUAUUGUACUUCUUGCCACAAUGUUACAGAAAUAUCUAAGGAAGUUAUAAACACUGGGGAUAUUCCAAAUACCAAGAUACAAGCCAUCAAUCGGGGACUUAAAAGAAAAAGAAAACUUGAGAAAGGCUGGGACUGGUAUGUGUGCGAAGGUUUUCAGUGUAUACUUUGUCAACAAGCAGAAGCCUUGAAGACCCUUGGAGUAGGCCCGGAGUUAAAGAAUGAAGUUUUACAUAAUUUUUGGAAGCGCUACCUUCAAAAGAGCAAGCAGGCAUAUUGUAAAAACCCAAUUUAUACCAGUAGAAGGAAAGCUGUGGUAUUAGAAGAGAAUCUAAGUCAUUCAGACUGGGAGAGUGAGCCUGAGCUGCUAAGUGACUUUAGCUUUCCUUUUGUUGAAAGUGGAGCAGAAUCUCAGUCUGAUGUCAACACUCAAAAGUCUUUUCCUGUCAUCAAAGCAUCACAAUCAGAGACAGCAUCGGUCUGUUCUGGAUCUCUUGAUGGAGUCGAAUAUUCAAGACGAAAGGAAAAGGGAAUUGUGAAGAUGACUAUGCCAAGGACGCUUGCCUUCUGCUAUCUGUCAUUACUUUGGCAGAGAGAAACAAUUACUCUUUCAGAUCUUUUGAGAUUUGUUGAAGAGGACCAUAUUCCUUACAUAAACAGUUUUCAGCAUUUUCCAGAAGAGAUGAAAUUAUAUGGGCGUGACAAAGGAAUCUUUGCCAUAGAGUCUUGGCCUGACUAUGAGGAUAUCUAUAAAAAAACUAUUGAAGUUGCCACAUUUUUAGAUUUGCCUCGUUUUCCAGACAUAACUGAGGACUGCUAUCUACAUCCAAACAUCUUGUGUAUGAAAUACUUAAUGGAAGUCAAUCUACCUGAUGAAAUGCACAAUUUAACCUGCCAAGUGGUAAAACUAACUGGAAUAGGAGAAGUGGAUUUUUUGACAUUUGAUCCUAUAGCUAAAAUGGCAAAAACUGUUAAAUAUGAUGUACAAGCUGUAGCUAUCAUUAUAGUAGUACUGAAACUUCUCUUUUUAUUGGAUGACAAUUUAGAAUGGUCUUUAUCUAAUCUUGCUGAAAAACAUAACGAAAAGAACAAAGAAGAUAACCCAUGGUUUGAUUUCAGAAAGUGGUACCAAGUAAUGAAGAGAACUGUUGAUGAGAAAAAACAAAAAUGGGAAGAAGCCAGAGCCAAGUACAUAUGGAAAAGUGAAAAGCCAGUCUACCACUCAUCCAUCGAUAAGUCAGUGGUAUACAAAAGAAGAGAAAUGGUAGUGAGUCUACAGAAACAAUUUAGCACACUGGUUGAUUCAACACCAACUGUUGGAAAAAAAAGCCCUUCAAGUUUUCAGUUCAGCUGGUCUGAAGAAGACACUGAUAGAACUUGUUUCCAUGGACAUAGCCUCCAGGGAAUCCUGAAAAAGAAAGACCAGUCUCUGACAACCAAGAAUUCACUGUAUUGGCUUAGUACACAGAAAUUCUGUAAAAGCUACUGUAAACAUGUGACAACCUAUGAAGAAUCGAAUUAUUCUCUGAGUUAUCAAUUUAUACUAAAUCUUUUUUCCUUCCUCCUAAGAAUAAAGACGUCCUUUCUCCAUGAAGAAGUGAGCUUAGUUGAAAAGAAACUUUUUAAAACAAAAUACAGUAAAACAAAAAAGAAAUCUUCAAGAUCCAGAAAAGUGAGAAGAUAUUGAGGAAAAUGAAAGAAACCUUCUUGAAAAAAUAUUUUAAUAGUGACAAUAAUGUCAAAUUGGAAUAUAAAAUCCUACAAAAUUGUGGAAAUAGGAUUUUAUCACACAUACAUAUGGUACCAUGUAUAUGUGUAUAUGUAUAUAUGCGAUACAUAUAUACAUGCAUAUAUGUGCAUAUAUAUUGGAAAACAGGUGAACUUUGAUUUAUUUUUUAAAUUAUGAAUGUUCUUUGAAUAAUUUAAAACAAUAAGUUAUAUAUAAAUAAAAAAAAUAGUAUCUGUAAAUUUGUAUUCAUUGUAUUUUAAAGGUAAAUUUGCUUUUUAAACUAGAUCACUUCCUUACUCCUUCUAUCCCAAAGUAAAUCCCCAAUGGAUCAAAGAUCUAAACAUUAUAAACUUUUAUGUGUAUAUAUAUAUACACACACACACACACACACACACACACACACACACAUACAGAAAACAGGUAUGGCCUUGAGAAUGGGAAAGGACAUUCUAAAAUGCCUCAAACCCAGAAACUAAAAGGAAAAGAUUGAUAAUGUGAUUACAAAGACAAAAGACAAACUGGGAAAAAUAUUUGUAGCAUAUAAUGGACAAAGGAUUAGUUUAUUUAAUAUAAAGAAUUUGCUCUUGUACAUAAUAGGAAAAAGACAAGCUGAGCAACGGAUACGAAAAGAUAGUUCUCUUAAAACACACACACAAAGACUCCUGAGACCAGAAGAACUAGAUGGUGCCCGGCUACCGAUUCCAACAUUUCUGAUCAGGACCACGAUAGAUAGAUCCUGAUAGAAAGGGAUAAAAAUACGGAACACAACUUCAAAUUCCAAAAACUCCAGACUUACUGACCCACUGAGAAAGGAGGAAUCCCUGAGACUAUUACCCUGAGACAUUUUUUAAGCCUUGAACCAAAAUAUAUCCCUCAAGUCAUCUUUUACCUAAAUAGCAAGUUAGCCCAUAAAGCAAUGAGUAUCACCCUUGAGUACCGCACUGUUUUAAAAAACCAUCUAUAUGAGACUAAAUGGUCAACAAAUGCUCUAAAGCAUAGAUGAGAAGGUUGGGGGGCUCUGAUACUAGGUUAGUGGGGACAGAGUAACUAGAACAAAAAUAAUGAAAAUGUGGGUACAAUGUGACGAACAUAACCAGUAUCACUGAAUAGUAUGUGUAGAAGUUGUUGAUGAGAACCUGUUUUGCUGCAUAUACUUUCACUGAAAAUAUAAUAAAAUAUUAUUUAAAAAAAAAAACAAAGGCUAAGCAAAAAAACAGGGUAGGGUACUCACUCAUAUUAAAGAAAUGCAAAUUAAAUAAGGAGCUACUAUUACCCACAUUUUAGAUUGGCACAGACUAUAAAGGUUUAUAAUACCUGGAGGAUAUUGGAAAAUUGAGCAUUCUUGUUCACAGUUCAUCUAUUUGUGCAGCAACUAUUUAUUGUGCAUCUACUUUGUUCCAGGCACAUUCUAGACAUGCGAUACAUCAUCGAACAAAGUCCUUGCGCUUAAGGAUCUUUUUGCUUUUUUUUUUUAAUUCUCAUAAAAAAUAUAGAUUGUACAUGUGCCAAUUCAACAUUUUUCACUUACACAGUUCACUGAGAUCAAUUACCUCAAUCAUGUUGUACAACCGUCACCAGUGUCCUUUGCCAAAUUGUCUGUCCUCAUAUUCAAAAAAUCAAUGCUUCCUAAACCAUGAUUUCUCCCAUUUCCUCUCCCUCCCACCCCUGGUAACCACUAUUGAACUGUGAUCUCUCUAUAUUUACCUAUUUUAUGUACUUCAUAUUAGUGAGAUUAUACAAUAUUUGUCCUUUUGCGAUUGACGUAUUUUACUGAGUAUAAUAUUUUCAAGGUUCAUCCAUGUUGUGGCAUAUAUCAGGACUUCAUUUCUCUUUAUGGCAGAAUAAUACUCUAUCGUAUGCAUGUACCAUAUUAUGUUUAUCCAUUCAUCUGUUGAUGGGUAUUUGGAUUGUUUCUAUGUUUUGGCUGUUGUGAAAAAUGCUGUAGUGAACAUUGGUGUACAUGCGUCUAUUCAUGUCACUACUUUCAAGUCUCUAGGGUAUAUACAUGAAUGGAAUUGCUGGGUCAUAUGGUAGCUUUAUAUUUAGCUUUUUGAGGAACCACCAAACUGCCCUCUAUAGCGGCUGGUACCAUUUUGCAUUCCCACCACCAAUGAAUGAAGGUUCCAAUUUCUGCACAUCCUCACCAACAUUUGUCCGUGUUUUUCAUCUUAGCCAUCCCAGUGGUAGUAAAGUGGUAUCAUUAUGGUUUUGAUUUGCAUCUCCUCAACUUGACGGCACUGGGUUCAGGGUUCUAAUGGCUAAUGGGAGCCCUGGUGGUACAGUGGUUAACAGCUGUGGCGAACUACAGCUGCUAACCAAAAGGUUGGCAGUUUGAAUCCACCCAGCGCUCCUUGGAAACCCUAUGGGGCAUUUCUACUCUGUCCUAUAGGGUUGUUAUGAGUUGGAAUUGACUCAACGGCAACAAGUUUGGUUUUCUUUUUGGAAUGGCUAAUGAUGUUGAGCAUCUUUUCAUGUGUUUUUGGCCAUUUGAAUAUCCCAUCUGGUGAAAUAUCUAGUCGGAUCCUUUGCCCAUUUUUCUAUUGGGCUGUUUGUCUUUUUCUUACUAAGUUUUAUGAGUUCUUUAUAUAUUCCGGUUAUUAAACUCUAAUUGGACAUAUAAAAAACAAAAACCAAACCCACUGCCAUCGAGUCAAUUCCGACUCAUGGCGAUCCUACAGAACAGAGUAGAACUGCCCCAUAGAGUUUCCAAGUAGCGCCUGGUGGAUUGAAACUGCCAACCUCUUGGUUAGCAGCCGUAGCACUUAACUGCUAUGCCACCAGGCUUUCCAUUGGACAUACAGUUCCCAAAAAUUUUCUCCCAGUCUCUAGGUUGUCUUUUUACUUUGUUGGCAAAGUCCUUUGAUGUACAGAAGUUUUUUAUUUUGAUGAUAUCCCAUUUAUCUUGUCUUUUGUUGCUUAUGCUUUCAGUGUAUAUCUAAGAAUCCAUUAUUGAAGACUAAGUCUCAAAGCAUUACUGCUACGUUUUCUUCUAAGAGUUUCAUGGUUCUAGGUCAUACAUUUAGGUCUUUGAUCCAUUUUGAGUUAUUUUUGUAUAUGGUGUGAGGUAGGGAUCUAACGUCAUUCUUUUGCAUAUGGAAAUCCAGUUGUCCCAGCACCAUCUAUUAAAGAGACUGUUCUUUUUCCAUUUGAUAGCUUUAGCAUCCUUAUCAAAGAUUAAUUAAUUACAGAUGUGUAUGCUUAACUCUGGACUCAAUUCUAUUCCAUUGGUGUAUAUGUCUAUCAUUACACCAGUACCAGACUCUUUUGAUUACUGUAGCUUUAUAAUAUGUUUUGAGAUCAUCUGCCCUUAAGGAUCUUAUAUUCUAAUUGGGCAGGGGCAGAGAGUAAACAUAUAUAAUGUUUGGAGUAGUGAAAUGCAAUGAAGAAAAAGCAAGGUAAGGGAUAAGUGAUAGGGUGGGCCGUUGUAUAGAGUGGUCAAGGAGAGACCCUCUGGGGAGGUGACAUUUGAGCAGAGACCAACUUACAUGAAGUGCAGUAGAGGGGGCAAGCCAUGUAGUUAUCCAGGGGAGGAUCAUUCCAGGCAGAGGAAAGAAGUGUACAGGCUCUGAGGUAGGAGAUUGUUGAUGAACUCAAAGCAUAGUUCUGGGUGGCUGCAGCGUUGUGGUUGAAUGGCAUAGUGGUAGCAGAUGGGGUGGAAGAGGUUGCUUAGAAGGCCGUGGUAAGGGGUUUGGAUGUAUCCCAAGUAUGUAAUGAGAAGCCCUUGGAAAAUUUUGAGCAAAAGAGUGUAAUGAUCCAGCUUAUGCCAUAAAAGGAUCACUUUGACUAUGGUGAACAGAGGGGUUAUGGGCAGAAGUAGGCUAUUUUAGAGACUGUUAUACUGGCUCAGGCAAGAGAGAGUGAUUUGGAGUGGGGAGAUUGUCAUGGAGGUGUUAAAAAGGAAUUAGAUCCCAGAUACAGGUUAAGUAUGGAGUGAAUAAGUGUUUGACGAUGGGUUGAUUGUGAGGUGUGAGAGCCAUACAAUGAAAUGUGUAAAGGACUGAACUACUGACUGUCACAACACCCCUCUUCAGGAGAGAAUUUCGGGGAGUGCCCUGGUGGUACAAUAGUUAAGAGCUUGGCUGCUAAUCAAAAGGUCUGCAGUCGAAUCCACCAGCCACUCCUUGGAAACCAUAUGGGGCAGUUCUACUCUGUCCUAUAGGGUCACUAAGUCGGAGUCACUCAGUGGCAAUGGGUUUGGUUUGGUUUUGGUUUAUAGGGUCACUAUGAGUCGGAAUUGGCUCGAUGGCAAUGUAUUUUUUAUAUAGGAAGUAUGUCUUUUAUAACUCAAAAAAAUUGCUUUCUAAAAUUUUGAACUAAAAAAAUUCAUUUGAAUAUGAAUUUUGUAGAACCAACAUGAUUUGAAGUGCUGAGGCACUUCUGUUGAAUAAAAAGUUGCUAACGAAUUCCACACUUAAAAAUAGUGAGACAUAGAGAGCUCAAAGCUAUGAAAAGUUUUGGGACACCCACCAAUAAGAAAUAAGAUUAACAGGGAAGAAGAGAAGUGAAAAAUAAGGUUUUGCCAAACCUUACAAAUUACAUUUAAGCAUAAUGAAUAAGUGUUAUUUUCCAAGAGUCUGUGUUUUCACAUCUGAAAACUAUUCCUCCAUAGGAAAAGCCUAUCGGUCUGUCUACUGGCAAAAAGACGAGGAAAGAAGCGGCAGUAAUAGCGUGUAUUAAGCACCCACUGUGUAUAAGAGACUGUACUAAGUGGUGUAUCUCAUUCAGCCUUCUCAGAAGCUCUGUGAGGACCGUACUGCCAUCCCCCGAUGUAACAGAUGAGGAACUAAGGUUCAGAGAUGUUAAGUAGCCUGUCCAACGGCACACAGCUAGUAUGUGGCUGAGCUGGGAUUUGAGCCCAGGUCCUGGACUCCAAAUUGCAUUUAAAAAAUCAUAAUCUACCAUAGACUUCCUAUUGUUUUAGCAGUCUGUAUGUUUUCCUUUCAUUGGCAUCCUCAAGAUAAAGGAAGGCUUGUGGAUAUUUUCACAAAUUAAAUGCAAUAAAAAUUUCUUGAUUGUCUUAUUACACUGGCUCUCAAAAUGUGGUCCCCGAACCAGCAACAUCGAUACCACCUGGGAACUUGUUAGAAAUGCAAAUUCUGUGUGAGGCUCAAUGAGCUCUUCUGGUGAUUCUGAGCCAUGCUAAAGCAUGCGAACCACUGAUUUAUCAUGUCAAAAAAGGCUCAAAAAUAGGUGACAUGAUACAUGAAGUAAGGAAUGCUUUCAGGCUACAAUGAACAGAAUCCCUACUAAAUCAGGGGUGUUUUUUCGUUACAUAAUGAAAAGUCUGGAGGUAAUUGAUGCCACCUUUGGUUCAGUGGCUCAAUAGUGU